CGGUACAGAGUAAAGUUAAUGUCAUUUUCAUGUUAGGUACUUGGUAGGGCUUCUCUCUCAUUUUCCAUUGGCGCUCCGUAAUCGAAAAUUUCCUGCCUUCGCAAUUUAGUCUACGAGGAAUUCUCAGAUCUCCCUCCAUCAAACAGAUCUCCCUCUGCCAUUUUGGUUUUGUCAACCGCUGAUUAAGCAAAACUCGCGACAAUUCUCUGCAGUGCAGUGCAGAACAAACGAUUGGUGUUUUAACUUUUCUGGGUUUAAUGUUAUUUGUUCGUGAUUCCUUUCGAGUUUCGAGUGCUUGAGGAUUUUCGGACCUACCCAAGUCUUGUAUGGAAUUUGGCCCAUACAGCUUGAGAGGCAAAGUGUGUCUCUGUGUUGUUUUGGAAACCUGAAGUUUUUUCCGGAAACCUGUAAACAUGGAAUUUGAGUGGUGAUCUUGCAAUUCUGCAGAGGGAGGGGGUCCUAAAUUUAUGGUCUAGGUAGGUGCGUAGCGCCCUGCCAUUAUACAAAUUCUCUUCCAUGGAGCAACUAGAGAGAAGCCAAGUGAAGAAGGCUAUUGAUUGGGAUCAAGCACUCCACCUUUAUGAAAGAACAAUAGCUUCUGAAAAUGAGUCCUUACAAAUAAUGGCUACCGUCAAGCUCGGUCGUCUCACAAGUUGUGCACCUGAGAAUGUGUUAUCACGCACUCUUCCAUUCCUCGUAGAUCUUCUGGGUAGGCCUCUGAAUGAUUCGAGUUUGAGCCCUUCAAUUCAACAUGCUGCUGCUUAUUGCUUGAACUGUCUUGCCCGUCGAUAUGAUGGUUCAAUGGCUGUGGCCAUUGGUCAGUCGGGUGCCAUCCCCUGCCUUCUAGGGUUAUUGCCACGGUCUGAAGCCAGCUUCCGGAGAAUCUUGAUAAAAUGUCUUUGGAGUCUCGUCACGUUCGGUGGUGUUAAUAAUCGCAUAACUGUAGCUAGAACUGGUGGAUUGGAAAUCCUUCUCAAUAUGUCGGCAUCAUUCAGAGAUAGUACAAGGCGUUACUUGUUGGAGAUUGUGAGUGCAUUGGGAUUGCUGAGAGAGGUGAGGAGGGUUAUUAUCAAUGUAGGUGGCCUUCCUUUGCUUGUUGAAUCUGCUGGGAAUGGCAGCAUGGUUUCUAGAACCAGAGCUGCUCAGGCAAUUGGGUUACUAGGGAUCACAAGAAGAGUUCGACCCAUGCUUGUUGGUUUUGGUGUGAUACCUUUGCUAAUCGAAUUGCUGCGGGUUGGAGAUAUCUCUACCAAGUUGGUAGCUGGUAAUGCACUUGGUAUAAUCGCAUCCCAUGUUGAUUAUAUUAGAUUGGUUGCUCAAGCUGGGGCAAUUCCCUUAUAUGUAGAUCUUCUCCAAGGAACUGAACCCCUUGGGAAAGAAAUUGCAGAGGACGUAUUUUGUAUCUUAGCUGUUGUAGAAGAAAAUGCAGUAUCAAUAGCCCAACACUUGGUGAGGAUUCUUAGUGGAGAUGAUGAUGAAGCCAAGGCUGCAGCUGCAGAUGUACUGUGGGACCUGUCGAGUUACAAGUAUUCUGUAUCUGUAUUUAGAUACUCUAGCAUAAUUCCUGUUCUAGUUGAACUUUUGCGAGAUGGAAAUACUGAUUUAAAGGAGAGGGUUUCUGGGGCUAUUGCCCAAUUGAGUUAUAAUGAGGGAGAUCGAGCAGCUCUGGCUGAUGCAGGUGUCAUUCCACUUCUCAUUAGUUUGUUGCAUGGUGAAUCCGAGGAACUUAAGGAUAAUGCAGCUGAAGCUUUGAUGAAUUUCUCGGAAGACCCAUUACAACACCAUACCGUAUCUGAAGCAUUGAAUAAUCCAUCCUUUCAGAAUAUACAAAACAGACUUAUUCGAAUUCGUGCAACUGAUGAGCAUAUGGUUAGAUCUUUGAGACAAAUGAGCACUGAACAGUUCAUAUGGGAUCCAGAUCUUUUUUAACUUAUAUUUGUAUAUUCCUUUGUUUUUUAUAUAUAUGAUCCAUUAUGCUCGAGUUUAUGAGACACAAACUUGCAAAUUA